GCGAGCAACAACUUUCUCAGAUUGACACAGAAUGGAGAGAAGCUGACGCACCGUUAUUUACCGGACCGUUAACUUUCCUCCUCAAGCUUUUCCUCAUGCCAUCGCAGCCUACAUGCUGCGCUAGACUAGGAAGAAACAAGUGAGAGAUAGUUUUGUAACAGUUUGACCACUGAAGAGCUGACAAUUCCUCCUUAUUGUUUUUUUCCCCCCUUUCUUCUUUUUGGACACUUUCACCGCGUUAUUACGCAUGAUGCGCAAAGGGAUGGCUUCACUUCGGAGGCAAAAAACGGGAUUACAAAAUGUUUUUUAUGUCUGUCUCUCUAUUUCAGUGGCUUAUUCUUACAAUAUAGACUUAGAACAUCCUUUGGUGUUCCGAGGACCAAAUUCUAGUUUUUUUGGGUAUUCUGUGCUGGAGCAUUAUCAUGACAACACACGCUGGCUAAUAGUGGGGGCUCCGAGGGCAAACUCGACCUACAGUAGCUCUGUGCACUCCCCUGGAGCUGUAUAUAAGUGUCGAGUUCACAGCAACCCGGAGCGACGCUGCACAGAGAUGGAUCUGGGCAGAGGAAACAAGCCAAGAGAGUCGUGUGGGAAGACGUGCCAGGGAGACAGGGAUGACGAGUGGAUGGGGGUCAGCCUGGCCCGCCAGGACAGAGCCAAUGGCAAAAUACUGGCUUGUGCCCACCGCUGGAAGAACGUCUACUACGACUCAGAGCACAUCCUUCCACACGGAUACUGCUCCAUCAUUCCUCCCAACCUUCAGGGCAGGACGAAACCGCUCAUCCCUUGUUACGAAGACUAUAAGCAGAAGUAUGGGGAAGAGCAUGGCUCGUGCCAAGCCGGGAUAGCGGGAGUUUUUACGGAGGAGCUGGUGGUGAUGGGGGCACCGGGGUCAUACUACUGGACCGGGACGAUCAAGGUGUACAACCUGACGUCUGACUCCUUCUACAGCCCAAACAAAGAAGAUGUCGACUCCCACAGAUACAGCUACCUCGGCUACGCUGUGACUGCUGGACACUUCUCUUCUCCUAAUGUAAUAGACAUAGCUGCAGGGGCACCUCAGCACAGCGGCAGUGGGAAAGUUUACAUUUUCAAAAUCGAUGGUGUGUCUUUGGUGAAGAGUUUUCAAGCCUCAGGGAAAAUGAUGGGCUCUUACUUUGGCUCCUCAUUGUGUGCAGUUGAUCUGAACCAGGACGGCCUGUCGGACCUACUGGUGGGGGCACCCAUGCACAGCCAGCUCCGGGAUGAGGGCCAGGUGUCUGUGUACCUCAGCAAGGGCAAUGGGGUGAUGGAGGAGGAACGUGUUUUGAGUGGCGACAAUGCUUUCAAUGCACACUUUGGAGAAUGCAUUACCGCAAUCGGAGACAUAGAUGAUGAUGGAUAUCAAGAUGUAGCCAUAGGAGCACCUAAAGAGGAUGACUACGGAGGAGCAGUUUAUAUCUACCAUGGGGAUGCCACAGGAAUCAUCAGCAAAUACUCCAUGAAACUAUCUGGGCGCAGUGUAAACCCUGGUCUGCAGAUGUUUGGCCAGUCAAUCUCCGGCAAUGUUGACAUGGAUGGCAACGGAUACGCAGAUAUCACUAUUGGAGCUUUUAUGUCAGAUAGUGUGGUACUGCUGAGGACCCGGCCUGUCAUUACAGUGGAUGUCUCCAUCUUUCUGCCCGUCUCCAUCAACAUCUCUGUGCCGCAGUGCCACGAGGGCCACCUGAACCUAAACUGCUUCAAUCUCACCGUCUGCAUGCGCUUCCGGGGAAGACAGCUCCCCGGACAAAUAGAGUUGCUGUAUAACUUGACAGCUGAUGUGGAUAAACGACAGAAGAGCCAGCCUUCGCGAGUCUACUUCACUCAGAGCGGAUCCCAGAUCAGCCAGAUGAGCCAGCAGCUCAGCCUGGACAUCAACAGGGAGGAGUGCCAGCGCUACACUGCCUACGUUAAGAAAGAUGUGAAGGACGUGUUCACAGCCAUCACGUUUGAGGUGGCUUACAGCCUGGGGAAGCAUGUGCUGACGGGACACCAGGAGCGAGACCUGCCUGCGCUCACUCCAGUGCUACGAUGGAGGAAAGGAAGCAAGAUCGCAGUGAGGAAUGAGACUUGGUUUGAGAAGAAUUGCCUGUCAGACGACUGUGCUGCAGACCUGAGGCUUCAUGGGAAACUGCUGCUCUCCGGGCUGUACAGCAAACCACAUUUGGCCCUCGGAGGAGUGAAGAACGUCUCUUUGAACCUGACCAUCUCCAAUGCUGGGGAUGACGCCUACGACACCAACAUCUACUUCAACUUCUCCAGAGAAGUUUUCUACAUCAACUUCUGGCAGAAGGAAGAGAAGGGUAUUUCCUGCGGACUUGUUGAUUUGGACUUCCUCAAGUGCAGCGUGGGAUUUCCCUUCAUGAGAGCACAGACUAAGUAUCAUUUUGCUGUUAUUUUUGACACGAGUCAGCUCUCUGGGGAAAAUGACACAUUGCAGUUCUUAGUUCAAGCAAAAAGUGCUAAUCCUGAGCACAAACUCUCGGACAACAGUUUGGAUCUGUCCAUCCCUCUGGUUCAUGAGACGGACACAACUAUUACUGGUGUGGUGACACCGAGCUCCUUCGUGUAUGGAAACUCCAUCGAUGCCUCGCGUUUCGUCCAGUUGGAAGACAUGGAGUGCAACUUUCAGCCUCUCAACCUCACUUUCCAGGCCAUAAACAAGGGGCCCAGCAGGCUUCCUGGCUCCACUGUGGACAUCAGGAUACCCAACCGGCUGGCUGGCAGCGGAGCUGACAUGUUCCACAUCAUUGAAACACAGGUGGCCGACAGCCGAGGGAACUGCACCCCUCACAGGAACCCGACACCGUGCACCAUCCCCCAGGACAGAGAAAGCAUCUUCCACUCCAUAUUUGCUUUCUUCACCAAAUCAGGACGCAAAGUCUUGGACUGUGACCGGCCUGGGAGAGCGUGUAUGACGAUCUCCUGCAGUCUAGGUCCACAACUGAAAGAAGAAGCUUUGAGCAUAGAUAUAAAACUUCUACUCAACACUGAAAUUCUUAAAAGGGAUAGUUCCUCUGUGAUCCAGUUUGUGACGAGGGGCAGUGUGCAAGUAAAUGACAGGGCAGUGGAGGUGCCAGUGGGCCUGCCAGAGGACAUUUCUCUGGUGUUCGAGGCUCUCCACAGUCAGGAGCCGAGGGGUUACGUAGUCGGCUGGAUCAUUGCCAUCAGUCUGCUGGUGGGAAUCCUCAUCUUUCUGCUGUUAGCUGUGCUACUCUGGAAGAUGGGAUUCUUCCGUCGGCGCUACAGAGAGAUCAUUGAGGCUGAAAAGAACAGGAAGGACAGUGAUGAAAGCUGGGACUGGAUGGAAAAGAACCACUGAGACUUGCAGUGGGGAGGGGGGUCCCAGAGGAGCCAGUGAGAUUAGGGAUUGGGUCAGGGAGGAUCCAAUAGCAUGGGGUCUCGAAGCCAAGCGCCCCAGUGGCACCAGGCCCUUCAGUCUUCCAUAUGUGGAAGAGAAGAAUAUUCUCCAUAUUUUUUGGAGACUUGAUAUUUUUUGUGGGUGGGGGUCCAGGAAACAGGCUUCUGAGGUGACAGUGUGGCUUGCCAGAGGACACUUGCUGUGGAAUUCAGAUAAUCUCAAAGGAGGUAACUCCCAGCCAGCGGAGCGGAGCUGUUGAUGGAGACCCACAUCCGUAUGGGGAUGUGGAGAUGGCAUGAAUACUGGUGGACAACAAAACCCUCAGGGCUGUGUUACAUAGCAAAUUUAUUUUUAUACAUACACUUUAAGCCAUAUUGUGUAAAACUGGGCUUCGAGAAGAGUUGGGGUUUUGAAGGCCAUUAUAAACAUACUGUAUCUACAGUAUGUUUUCCUAAAAGCACUGAUGUUUGAUAAGAAUGAAUGCCUUGGCUCCAUAGCUUUACUUUUUAUGCCAAAGAUAUGUCCUGUAUGGUAUAUGAUUGGAGUCGUUUGUAUAUUCAGUUCUUCCUAGGAGUGAAAGAUUGUAUCUUUUCUUUACCAUUUCCGGCUUAUGAAUAUCUGUUUUACACAUCUGACUGCCCCUCCCACUCAUAGAUAAUCAGCCAGAGCUAAUUCUGUGUGUUAGACCCACACACACAAAGAUUAAGAUGAUUUGUCCUGAUGUGUCAUCCACUAGUGUUGUCUCAGAGGCGCUGGAGGCCCAGUAAAAGCACUCUUUGUGGUCAUUAGGUCCAUGAAAGCCGCCAUUCACAUUUCAAGGUUUGUGACUUUCCAUAAGCUUUCCAUUGUUUAUGGUCGAGCUUUUAACAGAGGCGUUUGUAAGUGAUAAAAGUGAUUUUGUCAGAUUAAAAUUGCAGCCUUUACUCUCUGCAGUGGUUUGAAUUAAUGUCUUGAAAGUGCAAGAAGAGCAAAUUAUCUGAAGCUGCUUUUGCAAGGAACUGUUGCUCAGGUCUGCAGCUAACUUUUGGAACCCCAAAACAUUUCUUAGUCUUACUUGAUUCUGUUGUAAAUUCUCAUUGAAAUACUGUAGGAAAUGAUUCACUCAGCGUCAUGACAGAGCAGAUGAUUUACUUCCAAAACCUUUCCGGCGCUUCACCGAAGCAGGCUAUAUUUAAUUUUACUAUUAUGUUAUUAGGCAUUGGGUUUAAGCAUGAAAUAUACAUUACUCUCCAUGGGCAGAUGAAAGUCUGCGAUGGGAGUCCACCUACAGUCAUUUAUAGGGGCCCAUGGCAUGAGUAAUGCCCUAAAAAUAGGUGGGAAUGUGCUGCACUCAAUCACAACACAUAAACGAGCUCUUUAGGCUCCUGAGAAAAGCUUAUUUUAAGUCAACAUGGAGGAAUGUCAGCGCCCUGAAAAUCUGCCACUAGUAGAGUUCACAACUCCUCGGUACUCAAAUUUUUACCCCACAUGUUCGUUUUAAAGCUUGGCUUGAUCGUGAAUGCAGAACAUAGUCAAUUGAAUUUUAUAUGAUAUGUUGCCAAAGAACCAAGAAUAUUAACUAUUUUAUACAUUUAAAGAGCUUUAUCUCAAAAUAGAGAAGAAGAAUGUAUUAAUGACCCAUCAUGUGAUAGUUCAUUAUAUUGAAACAAAUAUACAAUAUGUCGGGAUGAAACCCUGCAGUCUCACGGAUUUUGGGUAAUUUUUUCAGUAGACCAGAGCUAGAGUUUAACGUGCAAUGCCAAAGAACAAAAACUAUAUUUUAAUAUGUUUCACACUUUUCUCUAAGACUUCAGUGCUAUGACACUUUAUGGCUCACUGUGAUUGCUUGGCUCUCUGUAUGAAUCUUUUAUUGAUCCGAUACACUUUAUUUUACCAUUUAAUUCCACUGGCAUGACGGCAUAUACUGUACACAUUCACGUCUUCCCUCUGCAUCUGUUAAAGCGAUGCUACACCUAUAUGCAGAGAAACUGACACUUGACAUUUUUUUGAUAAUUUUUAACUGUGAUGGUUAUAUUUUGUUUGUUUGUUCGUUGUCGCCGUUAACCACACCGUUAUUUGGGGUUUUGUUCUGAGUAUACUACUGUCACUGAAUAUCAUUUCCAUUAUAGUGUGCUGUAUGUUUGAUGUUAAAAGUCAUGUUCAAGCUGUAUAUUUAUCUGUUGAUAAAUUGAGUGAAAUUCCAUGGCUCUGUAA